ACAACCAGGCCCCGGGAGCGGGGUGCGGAGCGACGCUGCGGUCCACUGUGAGCCAGAGGGAGGUGGAGGCGCCAGGGGCGAUGCCGCGGCCGGGGAAGAGUUCGUACAGCGACCAAAAGCCGCCCUACUCUUACAUCUCGCUGACCGCGAUGGCCAUCCAGCACUCGGCCGAGAAGAUGCUGCCUCUGAGCGACAUCUACAAGUUCAUCAUGGAGCGCUUCCCCUACUACCGCGAGCACACGCAGCGUUGGCAGAACAGCCUCCGGCACAACCUCUCCUUCAACGACUGCUUCAUCAAGAUCCCGCGGCGGCCCGACCAGCCCGGCAAGGGCAGCUUCUGGGCAUUGCAUCCCGACUGCGGCGACAUGUUCGAGAACGGCAGCUUCCUGAGGCGCCGAAAGCGCUUCAAGGUGCUGCGCGCUGACCACACUCACCUGCACGCGGGAAGCGCCAAGGGCGCGCCAGGCGCUGGCCCCGGAGGGCACCUGCACCCGCACCACCACCAUCACGCUGCCGCGCACCACCACCAUCACCACCACCCGCCCCAGCCGCCGCCGCCCCAGCCGCCGCCGCCGCCGCCGCACAUGGUGCAUUAUUUCCACCAGCAGCCGCCUCCGGCUCCGCAGCCGCCGCCGCACCUCGCGUCGCAGCCACCGCAGCAGCCGCCGCAGCCGCCGCAGCCGUCUCACCCCGGCAAGAUGCAGGAGGCGGCGGCCGUAGCGGCGGCGGCGGCAGCGGCGGCGGCGGCGGCCGUGGGCAGCGUGGGGCGCCUGUCACAGUUCCCGCCCUACGGGCUGGGCUCGGCCGCCGCCGCUGCUGCCGCCGCCGCCGCUGCGUCCACGUCGGGCUUCAAGCACCCGUUCGCCAUCGAAAACAUCAUAGGCCGGGACUACAAGGGCGUGCUGCAGGCCGGCGGGCUGCCCUUGGCGUCCGUCAUGCACCACCUGGGUUAUCCCGUGCCGGGCCAGCUCGGCAACGUCGUCAGCUCCGUGUGGCCGCACGUCGGCGUCAUGGAUUCAGUGGCCGCGGCCACGGCCGCCGCGGCCGCCGCGGGGGUCCCCAUGGGCCCGGAGUAUGGGGCCUUCGGUGUACCGGUCAAGGCCCUGUGCCACUCGGCAAGCCAGAGCCUGCCUGCGGUGCCCGUGCCCAUCAAGCCGACUCCUGCGCUGCCACCGGUGGCCGCGCUGCCCGCAGCGCUCGCUGUCCCCGCGGCCUCACAGCAGCCGCUGGCACCGUCCACCGUGUGCCCGGCGGCCGCCGCCUCACCCGCCGUCUCUCUGAUGGAGCCCACCGCCCCGAGUGCGGCCGAGAGCAAAGGCGGCUCUCUGCACUCGGUGCUGGUGCAUUCUUAGGGUACCCAUUGGGCUGGGAGAGACGAACGCAUGGAGCCUCACCUGGCCCUGGACCGCCGGAGAGGGCGAGGGCGCCCUGACCAGGUCGGGUAGAGCUGGCGAGCCCCAGCCUUUGCGGGAAAGGAAGGUAUUUAAACAAACCCGAAAGUG